AUGCUUCGUAGCCAGUUAACGAUGCUGCUGGGUCUUCUCAGUGGGGCGUGGCUACCCACAGGCUCAGGGAGGCCUGGGGUCCCAUCCACUCCUGCUCAGGCCUGGGCUGCUGCCAAUCAUAGCUGGACUCUGGACCCUCUGGUACCAGCCUCUGCCCUGGGUAGCUGGAAGGCCUUCCUGGGCCUGCAAGACAAACGACAAGGGACAAGCGGGCUGCAGGGAGGACACAGAGUGUCCUCUGGUGUGUCUUUGCCCCUGGCCCCCCAGGAAGUGCUCCAGGAGACUUGUAAGGCUGUGGCCUUUAUUCAGGUGCUCUCCAGGCCUGGCUGCACAACUGGCAGGGUCCUUAAUCAUCUCUGUUUCGGCCACUGUUCCUCCUUCUACAUCCCAAGCUCGGAUCCCACCCCAGUGGUCCUCUGCAACAGCUGUAUGCCGGCUCAGAAGCGCUGGACAUCGGUGGGGCUGUGGUGUGGAGUUGGCCACGCAGCCUCCCCUCGGCGAGUGAGGGUGUCGGUCGCCGUGGUACAGAGGUGCCAGUGCCGGCCGAAGCUGUGAGCAGAGCAUCGUGGAAGACUGCACAGGACAAGAACCUCGGAAAGACGCAGAGUUGCAGUGGAAAGACGUGACCUGAAUGAUGUACAUCAGGUCAAGAGAGCAGGGUUAGGACAGACGGACAGAUCUUGCUCCUGGAACACGAGACAUGGUCCCCCCAGUCAUGGGUUUAGACUACUAAUAGUCAUAGCAUGUGGGGCUGGGGUGUAACUCAGCGGGAAAAGCCUUGCCUACAAUGCACAGCACGAAGCCCUGGGUUCCAUUCUUAGCUGGGGAUAUGUGGAGGGAAAAGGUGAAAAUUCCUGUGACGGAGGGAAUAUUCCUUCCAUAAGC